GGGGUAGCGGGGGGCAGAAGAGUCUCCUUCCUCCCUCCUCUGUAUUUUGCUCUGCGUCUCUCCAGUGUUGGGGUUCUUCCAGACUAGGGAGGGUGGUGGGCAGCAUCCGGGGUAGCCAGGUAUCCCCAGUCUGGCCCGCCUCGUCCCUCCUCUGCAGCACAGGCAGGGCAGUGCUUCUGAAGCACGUUUGCUUUAGAGCCUUGAGUGACAUCUGCUUUCCCUUAGGACAAAGUGUACACGUGUGUGUGGGUUUGGAAACCCCUGUUGCUGCAGCCUCCUUCAUCUCUCCACACUCUUCUUCCCUUCCAGCAGAGGUUCUGGCCCCACUGAAGGGUUUUGUUUCCCACCCCCCCCCCAUUUUCCAUGUUGAAGAACACAUUUAUAAUAUAGUAAAGUUGCAGGUUAAACUACCUAAUAGAACAGAUAUUUUAAGCACCUUAGAAACAUUGAUUUAAUAAUAAAAAAAAAAAAAAGACACCUUAUGGACUUAAAAAGAAAUUCAUCCCUUAUUUCUCUUGCUCAGGCCACGCCCUGCCCCCCCUCCCCCCCAAGGAUGGCCGUUGUGGGUCCCAGGUCUGGGGUGGGUCUUUCCGCUGAAUGUUCCUCAUGCUCUCAGCUUUUCUUUGCCCUACAGUAAUGCCCAGUGAUUAUUGCUUGUUGGAGGUUUUCUUGCUGGAGUGUAAGCUACCAGAAGGCAGGAACCCUGUCUGUCUUAGUCAUGGCUCCACGUCUGCUGUAGUGAUGACAAAGGUACUUGCCAAAUGAGUGAAUCCGAUUUAUGUCUAAAAGUCACCUGGUAUCAUUGAGGAGAAGUAAGCAUGAAUGGGUUACAACUAUAGGUGGAGAAAAAUGACCAGUAUGUGCUUUUGCGUCAGCUCAGCAGCUUCAGGUCUAAGAUUAAUCCCAAGGAAGUGAUCAGAGAUGCUGUGCUCAGAGAUGCACAUUCGCUGAUGUGCCUCCCGUUCUUGUUGGCGCGCAGCGUUGGAAGCAGGCAUUCAGCAGAGGGGUAAAUGGCUCCUGUGACGUCUGCAUUGUGCAUCCAUUAAAAGUGACGUGGUAGGAGAAGGUUAACAUUGUGACUUGGGAAUGUAUUCAUAAUAAACUGAGACACAGAACUAGGUUAUAGAAAAGCAUGAUCCUACUUUUUAGUAACUGGAUAAUUUUAAAAAGACAAGAAAUACGUACUUGGAUAUUUGUUGUGAUCAUGCUUGGAAGAUGAGAUUUUGAGCAGUUUUUUUCUCUUUGUGCUGUCCUGAAUUUUCUGCAAAGAACAUGGCUACUUUUUUAAUCAGAAAAAAAACUUAUAAGUAUGUUCCUGAUAUUGAAAAGUAAUAUAGGCUGUAAAAAUCAUAAGUUUAGUAAAGCCCAACUAAAAUUUAUAUGGCUUUGUUUUAAAUUUUGAGAUUAUUUAGUAAUUUUGACUGGUGCUGGGCUUAUUUCACUAAACUUUCUCAACUAAUGAAAAAUGAUGACUAAAUUUAUAAUAUAAAUAAAAUUGUAUCACAGCAAUUGAGUCUUAUAAACCUCGUUUUGCAGAUGAGAAGAAUGGAGUAACUUGCUCCGAGAUGCACUGCUAAUAGUGGAGGUUAGAAUCUCAGCUUAGCUUCCCUUGUGUCCUCAGUGCUGUGCUGCCUGGCCUGCUGUCUUUUCCCUCGGACGCAGCCGAGGGGGCUUGAGCUCCCAGCCCCAUCAGCCACGCGCGGCUUUCUGAGUCUUGGCAUCCGUCGUCACGACCGGAGUGUGGUCUGAAGGAUCCUUCAGGGCACCUGAAUCUGGAGGCGUGACGGCUGGAGGCUUUCCAUUUCUACUUUGAAUCAACUUUAUUGAGGUGGGGCUCGUGGGGAGGAGAGGCGAGAACAGCGGACUUCAGAUCCUCCACUUCAAGGCGUGAGGGGCCUCGUGGGAGGGCCGGGCCCAGGCAACUGACUACCACUGAGAGAACAGUUAUCCAAACCUCAGACGUGAAGCAAGGGAAAAAGAGGGUGUCGGUUCUUCACCGAAUCCUGGGACAUUGUCGAGGAGAUUCACCCAAGAUUAUCCAGCUUUCUAACAGAAUGUCCCUCUCUGAGAGCCCAGACACCGUUGCUACAUGUUAAUUUGGAACACGAAGCCCUGAUGAAAAGAAUAGGCCAUUAAGAUAACAGAUGUCUGACUGCUAAUGGAUGUUGCUGGCUAUAUUACGUCUUUUAUUAUGUAUCCUUCCCGGGAGGGCAGCCAUGGGCGUGAGAGGCUUACAGGGGUUUGUGGGGAGUAGCUGCCCCCACGUGUGCACAGUGGUCAAUUUCAAGGAGCUGGCGGAGCAACACCGAAGCAGGCAUCCUGGAGGGGCUCCGACCGUCGUGGUUGAUGCCAUGUGCUGCCUCAGGUACUGGUACACGCCGGAGUCUUGGGUCUGUGGCGGCCAGUGGCGGGAGUACUUUUCUUCUUUGCGAGAAUUUGUGGAAACUUUUACGGCUGUCGGCAUCAAGUUGACUUUCUUCUUUGAUGGCAUGGUGGAGCAGUGCAAGAGAGAUGAGUGGGUGAAACGAAGACUCAAGAACAACAGGGAGAUAGCCAGAAUCUUCCAUUACAUCAAGUCCCACAAGGAGCAGCCCAGCAGAAACAUGUUCUUCAUCCCCUCGGGGCUGGCCAUAUUCACUCAGUUUGCUUUGAAGGCCCUGGGUCAGGAAACCCUGUGCUCCUUACGGGAGGCCGACUAUGAGGUGGCUGCCUACGGCCUCCAGAACAACUGUCUUGGGAUUCUUGGGGAAGACACUGACUACUUAAUUUACGACACCUGUCCCUACUUCUCCAUCAGUGAGCUCUCCCUGGACAGUCUGGACACCGUCAUGCUGUGUCGAGAGAAGCUCUGCCAGGUUCUGGGUCUCAGCCUGUCUGACCUUCCUCUUCUGGCCUGCCUGCUUGGCAAUGACGUCAUCCCACAGGGCAUGUUCGAGAGCUUUCGGUACAAGUGCUUGUCUUCCUACACCUCUGGAAAAGAGAACCUGAACAAAAGAGGUAACAUUGUCUUGGCUGUAGCAGACCACAUAGCUAAGGUUCUCCGGUUGCAUCAAGGUGAGAAGAAGCUGGAAGAGAUAUUACCUUUGGGACCAAAUAAAGCUCUUUUUUAUAAAGGAGUUGCAUCAUAUCUUUUGCCAGGACAGAAAUCUCCAUGGUUUUUUCAAAAACUUAAAGGUGUGGUAACUUUGGACAAGCAGGUAUUAUCCAUGAGUUCAGAUCUUGAAUCCAAGCAAGACGUUCCCAUGAGUUCAGACCCUGAAUCCAAGCAAGACGUUCCCAUGAGUUCAGACCCUGAAUCCAAGCAAGACGUUCCUAUGAGUUCAGACCCUGAAUCCAAGCAAGACGUUCCUAUGAGUUCAGACCCUGAAUCCAAGCAGAAAUUACCUGUAGGUGUGGACCCUGAAUCUAACCUAGAAGCACCCAUCUGUACAAACCCUGAAAUUAAACAAGAAGACCCUGUACACAUGGAGCCUGAAGUCAAGCAACAAGUAACUAUGGUUUCAGAUCCUGAAAUCUUAAAGGUCGCCAGAGCACAUCACGUCCAGGCAGAGAGCUACCUGGUGUACAACAUCAUGAGCAGCGGGGAGAUCGAAUGCAGCAAUAGCCUGGAGGACGCGAUGGACCAAGCUCUGCCCAGCCAGGCCUUCGUCUACCGCCCCGUGCGGCAGCGUGUGUACUCCCUCCUGCUGGGGGGCAGCGAAGGUGGCGCCAGCGCCUGCCCCACUGUCAAGGAGUGGUUUGUGUACUCUGGGAACCCACUGAGGCAGCCGGACCUCGUCAGGCCUCUGCAGGUGAACACUCCAGGGGGAACACCUAGUUUGAAACUAUUGUGGCUGAGCCAAGAGCCAGGAAUACAGGCCCAGCGCUUGGACACACUCCUGGCCUGUUUCGACCUUUCAUCCUCACGAGAAGAGCUGCAGGCGGUCGAGGGCCCCUUUCAAGCAUUGUGCUGCCUCCUGAUCUACCUCUUUGUGCAGGUGGACACCCUCUGUCUGGAGGAUCUGCACGCCUUCAUUGCGCAGGCCCUGUGCCUCCAAGGAAAGCCCACCAUGGAGCUUGUCGACUUGCAGCUCGACCAGGUCGACCCCAGGGCCGUGCAGCUGGGCGCCCUCCUGAUCCGCGGCCUGACCACCCUGGUGCUGGUCAACAGCGCCUGCGGCUGCCCCUGGAGCACAGCAGGCUUCAUGCCCUGGAACCUGUUCGACGGGAAGCUCUUUCAUCAGAAGUACCUGCAGUCUGAGAAGGGGUACACGGCGGAGGCCCUUGUGGAACAAGAUAGGUCCCGGCUCGCCAGAUUCCAUGCCCUGAAGUCCGUCGUGUGCAAGGCCUGCGCGAAGGAGAACAGACCCAUCGCCAGCAGGCGGCACUGGCAUUCGCACCACUCAGGAAGUAGACAGUAUGAGCCUGACCAGUGGAGAAGAUAUUAGUCAUCUUCUGGGGAGCUGAGUUAACUUGGUUUCAAGAUGAUUUUGCUUCCUCCAGAAAAAGUGUGCACGGAAAAAGACGCAGAGUCCGGCCGUGAAACCCAGGACUCUCCUUCAGAGUGAAGGCAUCCCGUCUUCCCUGAGGAGAGGCUGGCCUGGGGUCUAGACCCAGCGUCACAGAAGAGCAGCGACGUCCCUGUCGGCCUUCCCCCUCGCAUCACGUGAAGAAGCCACUGUUGGCUUGUGCUGCGGGGCUGAGCCCGCUUCCACGGCCCCAGACAGUGGUUGUCAGCACCUCACGCGGUCUCUCCGUCUGUGACACUCGGCGGGUUGACCUCUUGUCAUGAGCUGGGGUCUUUCCGCGUCCCACUUGUUUUACCUUUAACAAUAGGUCAUGAUGAUGUUUCCCAGGUGAUUGUUUUCCAGGAAUUAUUUUCUAACUAUAAAUUCUAACCAAAAGUAAAGUCCAACUGUAUCUUCUCUUGGUCCUCAGAAGCAUCUGCACAGAGAAGGAGGUACCAGCUUCCUUCUCACCUUCCUGGUGGGAGAGGUGACUCUGCGUAAGGCUCCUGGGUCUGUUUCUGUUGUGUCAUUCUUUUCAUUUAGAAUUGAUUGGACUCCUGCCCAGAGCAUGGCAUGUGGACACACCUGGGUGCUCAGCAGACAUCAGGCGUCAGACAGGAAGCCGUGUUAUGACGCCACGAACGAGCGGUGCGUGUGUUGCUCUUUAUCUGUGAGCCCUGAAGGCCUCUUGCUGUUAAAAAAUAGUUUAAAUGAUUCCAAGUUUAGAGAAAUCCUUUCCAUGGAAGAAUUUUCAGAUAAUCCAAGAAUUAAAAUUUUAAGCCCCCAGUUGUCCUGAACUCACCCCCCUGGGGUUUUGAUAAUAUAAAAAAAUCUAGAUUAGGGGUUAGGAGACAGGGCCUUCAUUAGCAGCUGUCUGCCUUUGGCCUGGAGCUGCUGUGACUGCCAGGUCAUCUUCCGGGCCGCACCCACAGCUUGGGAGUGCCCCAGCACUCUCAGACGUGCUCACCGGCGCUCACAAGCUGUGUCCUUUAGUUGAUGUCAUUAAAAACACAAUAAACCCCAAACAAGUCACAGUCCAGUUUGUGUCUUUGCACUUGAUGCUUUACCCUGACUGACAGCUCUGUAUGCACAGCUCCUGACUUUGUCUUGUUUUAGAAUCCCAUCUGGUAUUUACCAAGAAGGGAUAUAGUCUCCUGCUAUUUUAAAACAUUUACAUCUCUUUCAUUUGAAAUAUCCUUACCACUUCCUGCAGGUCCUUCUUAAUGACAUCUGCAUGUCUAGUCACUUUUCAUGCAGUCUUAUAGGACCUACAACCUUAUUUCCCAGCUUUGGAAAUAGAUUAUUUUUUCAUGUCAAUGUUUACUGUCUAAAUUUUAACAUUCUCUUCCUUUCAUUUUUGCUAAUUUGAGACCACUGCUGCUUCUAGAAGUUCUGUUUCUUUGCUGCUUAUUUGCAUAACUUUGAAAUAAAUUUCUCAUUCCUUAGACUGAAAGAGUAGACUUCCAUGAAUAUCAUUUCCCCCCUUUGUAAUAAGUAAAUUGUAACUUGUCAGUAAAAUAUCUGUGCUCAUUUAGCAAGCUUAAGUAAGCCAUUGAGUUGAUAUAAUCUUUAUUACAUUUGAAAAACCAGUGCAGUGAUUUUUUUUUGUAAUCUUGAUGUUAUAUAAAUUAUCUCUGCAGUUAAGUCUUCUGAUGAAAGUUCCAUGUAUCAGUUUGAAAAUGAAAGUGAAACAAAUUUAUUACUCAUAAUGAAAUGUAAUUUCACACUUAUUUAAUUAUUUGGAAGACAUUUUAUUGUCUAACAUAUUGGGAUCUUUGUGAAGAAAAAAGAUGUCAAAUUUUGUUAGAUGCUUUUUCUGCAUCUAUUGAGAUAAUCGUAUGAUUUUUAGUCUUCAUUUUGUUAAUGUGGUGUAUCACAUUGAUUGGUUUGGGGAUGUUGAACCAUCCUUGCAUCCCUGGAAUAAAUCCCAGUUGAUCAAGAUGUACAGUCUUUUUAAUGUAUUGUUGAAUUCAGUUUGCUAAUACUUUGUUGAGGAUUUUUGCAUCAGUGUUCAUCAGGGAUAUUGGCCUGUGAUUUUCUUUUCUUGUGGUGUCCUUGUCUGAUUUCAGUAUCAGGGUGAUGCUGUCCUUGUAAAAUGAGUUUCGAAGUGUUCUUUUCCCUUCAGUUUUUUGGAAGAGUUUGAAAAGGAUUAGCAUUAAUUCUUUUUUAAAUGUUUAGUAGAUUUCACCAGUGAAGCCAUCUGGUCCUGAGCUUUUGCUGGGAUAUUUUUGAUAACUGACUCACAGUGUCUUUUCUCGUUGAUUGGUCUGCUCAGAUUUUCUAUCUCAUCAUGAUUCAGUCUCGGUAAGUUGUAGGUUUCUGAGAACGUAUCCAUGUUCCCAUUUUUUUCUGGGUUAUCUAAUCAUAUAAUUGUUUGUAGUAGUCACAGUUCUUUGUGUAUCUGUAGUAUCAGUUAUAUCUCAUCUCUUGUUUAAUUUUUUUUGUUAUCUCUUUUUCUCUUGGUUAGUCUACCUAAAGGUCUGUCCAUUUUGUUUAUCUUUUCAAAAAACCAGUGUUAUUUCAUUGAUCUUUUUAAUUGAAUUUCUCAUCUCUGUUUCAUAUAUUUCUGCUCUGAUCUUUUAUUAUUGCUUUCCUUCUGCUGUCUUUGGGCUUAGUAUGUUCUUUUCUUAGUUCCUUGAAGUGUAAAGUUACAUUGUUUAUUUGAGAUCUUUCUUUUUUUAUGGUAGGGAUUUACUGCUAUGAACUUCACUCUUAGGACUGCUUUUAUUGCAUCCCAUAAGUUUUUGUAUGUUGUAUUUCCAUUUUUGUUUGCUUGAAGAUACAUUUUGAUUUUCUUUUUGAUUUCUUCCUUGACCUAUUGGUUGUUCAAGAAUGUGUUAAUUUCCACAGAUUUGUGAAUUUUCCAAUUUUCCUCCUCUUACUAAUUUCUAGUUUCAUACCGUUGUAUCAGAAAAUAUAUUUGACGUAACAUCAGUCGUCUUAAAUUUUUAAGGCUUCUUUUGUGGACUAACAUGUGAUCCAUCCUGGAGAAUGUUCUGUUUGUACCUGAGAAGACUGUGUAUUCUGCUAUUGGAUGGAAUGUUCUUCAUACGUCUCUUAGGCCCAUCUAAUCUAAAGUGUAGUUCAAGUUCAAUGUUAUUGAUUUUCUUUGUGGAUGAAUUACCCAUUGUGAAAAUAGGGCAUUGAAGUCCUAUACUAUUAUUGCAUUGCUGUCUGUUUCUCCUUUUAGUUUUGUUAAUACUUUCUUUAUAAAUUUACGUUUAUACA